AUGUAUUCACAUCACUCCCACUCAUUAGAUUACGUGGCUCACGGUGUUGAUUGCUUGGAAGAUGUGGUAGCCAGGGCUAAUGAGAUGAAGAUGGAGCUGUUUUGCUUAACCGAGCACAUGCCCCGGAUAGACGCCAAGUAUUUGUAUCCGGAAGAAACAUCGGAUUCUGCGGAAGAUGACUUGAAGACCCUACAAGGAAAAUUCGACAAAUUUCUUGAGCAUGCAUCAGAAGUCAAAGCUCGAAACUUGCCAACCAAGAUCAUUAUUGGGGUAGAAGUUGAAGGCUGUGAUACCAAUCACAUUGCAUAUGCGAAAGGAUUGAUGGAAAAGAAUGCAAACGUCCUGCAGUUUUGCGUGGGAUCGCAACACCACAUCAAUGGAAUUCCAAUUGACUUCGACCAAGGAGAAUGGAAUCGUGCAUUGGCUUAUUCGCAUAAUAAUUUGAGAUUGCUAGCUCGAGAUUAUUUCGAGCAACAAUAUAAACUCAUCUGCGAGCUUAAGCCACUAGUUUUAGGGCAUUUCGAUCUUUUUAGGUUGUUUUGUUCAAAAGAUAUUUUUUUCGACUCUGAGAACGGCCAGCUGGUGAGCAAAUCCGCCCCGAACGCAGUAUCGGCCGCGUCCGUAUCGUUCACAAAGAAAUGGGAUGACAUCAGGUUGCUCGCGGAAAGAAAUAUCAGGACAGUGGCCUCAUAUGGUGGCCUGAUGGAAAUCAACACGUCUGGUCUACGGAAGAAGCUGGAAGAUCCAUAUCCUGGCCGGGAGUUUGCACUCUUGGCCAAAAAUAUACCAGGAACGAGGUUUGUUCUCAGUGACGACGCCCAUGGCGUAUCCCAUGUAGGAGUUUGUUAUGAUCAAGCCUUGAAAUACAUGGACGAGAUACUCCAGUUAGAUGAGCUACACUUUCUAGUAGACAAUGCUGGUACCCUGGAAGUGGAUUCAAUAAAGCUUGCGGAUUUGAAAUCUUCACCUUUCUGGCAACAAUAUGGUUGA